AUGGCGAGUCCCCCCCCAGCCCUCUCCCAGGGCUUGCCUGCCGAGCCGCGGGGCACCACCCAGCUCCUCUCCAAGGCCGACAUGGCGGCCCUGACCCCCACCCAGCGCCAGCUCUAUGAGUACAACCAUCGGCUGCAGGUCUCCAAUGGGGCUCCAGCAGGCUUCCCAGGAUUCGUCAGGGAGGGCUACGACAUGCGCGUGAUCGCCGAAGAGGGAUUUCAGACCACGCCGGAGGGUCUCAUAUACAAGGACUACGAAGCUGGGACAGGGGAGCUCCCCCAGGGGGAGCAGCAGGUGCUCUUUGACUACACGGCCUACAAUGAAGCAGGCAAGAUGGAGUGGGUGGUUGCCAUGGCGGGAGUGAUUGACAGUUCAUACCGCAAGAAUGCCAUCGCCAAAACGCGGUUGGGCAUCGGAAGCCUGAUUCCAGGCUUCGAGAUGGGCCUGAAGACCAUGCGUGUGGGCGGAAAGCGACGCAUCGUCGUUCCCCCCGAGCUCGGCCCCCCCGUGGGGCCAGCCACAUUCUUCUCGGCCAAGCAGUUUGAGGUGUUUGACGUGGAGCUGCGUGGCACACAGAACUGCCGUAGGCGCCAGACCGGUUUCUUCUCUGACGUCGUGUGCGAGUGA